AUGGUGGCACUUCCAGACUCCGAGCAGCAGCCUCCCACGCCCGUUCGCGUGCAGUUUGUCACGGAGACGAUCUUCGAAGGGCCAACUGCUACUCCGUCAAGCAGCUCAAAAGCGACGCAUGACACGCCCGUACCGAUCUCUGCUAUCGUAGGUGGUGCGGCUGCUGGUGUUGCUCUUGCUUUGGCGGUCGUGCUUGCGUGGACGUGGUGGGGCAGAUGCAUUCACCGCCGACAGGCUAAAGCGCGGAAAGAGAUGCGCGAGCUCCUUGCUGUACGCGAGAAUACGCGACGUAACGCAGGAGCGUAUCUCGUCCCCGCCAACGAGCGGUACAUGAGCCCUCCACCAAAGCGAUCCCGACACAAACGUAAGAUCCGGUUCGCGGGCACGCCGUCUCUCGACCAACAAAGCGUGCUGAGCGAGAAGAGCGAGAAGGAACCUUUGCGCUCUGCUUCCCCUGCGCCCGGUAUGGAUUCGGAGUACGAGAAGGCAUUGCCUAGCCCGCCUCUGCCUACGCUCGCAUCGUCACCCGAACCACCUUCGCCGCAACGCCACUUCCUCUCUCGCGUCCCACGUACACCAUGGGUCGCGCGGCCCGAGGCGAUCACCGAGAAGGUGCCGUCGAACGAGACAUGGGAAGACUCUUCAGCACCUCAAAUGUCGAGAACGAGCUCGACUGUGGCCGUGGAGACUGCUGGUGGGAACGGACGGCAGAUACGGCAUAUGCCUAGCGCGGUCAGUUCGGAUUCGGCGUAUUCGACACAGAGCGGAGAGCCGAGACGGCAGAGGGAGCGUGGGGUAUUGUGGGCGCUUAGGCAGCAGCUGGAUGUGAACCGGCUCAGUGCGUUCAGCAUUGGAUCGUUGUACUCUGUCGAUGAGAGGGAGAACGCGGAGGAGAGGUGA